AUGUCUUUUUUCAAUUCCAUUGGACGCAUGGGCCGUAACCCGGCACGAGGAGGUACACCCAAACGAUCUCCGUCGCAGGGUCCGGCACAGACACCUACAUCCUCGACUUUCUACGAUCCCAAUGCACCUCCUUUGCCCACAUCUACUCCAGGCGCACCUAAGCAACAGCCAUUAUAUAUGUGUCAGCCAUUUGUAAAGGCUGCAUUAGUAAAAGGCAACUUCAAAACCAUUGUCAUGCUCCCUAAAUACUGCGAUGUAAACGAAUGGGUUGCAGUCAAUAUAUUCGACUUUUAUAAUAAUCUGAACAUGUUCUAUGGCGUUUUGACUGAAUGUUGCACAAUGCAGACUUGCCCGACCAUGUCUGCAGGACCAACACUUGACUACACAUGGGUCGAUCAGUCACGGAAAGCGGUCAAGCUUCCAGCCCCCACAUACAUCGACUACGUCAUGACCUGGUUACAAAAUAUGCUUGACGACGACAGUGUAUUCCCAACCAAGGCCGGUCGCGAUUUCCCCUCGACAUUUGCAUCUGUUGCAAAACAUAUAUACCGUCAACUACUCCGAGUAUUUGCCCAUAUAUAUCACGCCCAUUAUCCAGCACUUUUGCAUCUGUCAUCUGAGGGCCACUUUAAUUCCCUUUUCGCCCACUUCCUUGCCUUUGGGAAACAAUACGAUUUGUUGGAGAUAAAAGAUAUCAAGACCUCAGGAAGCGGGACUGCAGGAGGUGGCGCGCCCGGCAUAGGUGAUCUUUGGGAGAAAUGGAAAGAGAUGGGUAUCCUAGAGGCAUAG